AACACGCUUUCGGAUUUCGGCACAAAUUACUAGUACAGAUUUCGGCCACAGAGUACCUUUUUAUAUAAUUUCGGCAUUUCGUAAAGAUUUAGGUUUUGGGUUUGGUUUAAAUUUACAAAUUAUUUUGGAUAAUAAUUAUAAAGACAAUGGAAGAAGAAACCAAAAAACCCGUUUGCCUUAUUAUAUUGGGUAUGGCAGGAGCAGGUAAAACAUCGUUUACGAGAAGGCUUUCUGGGAAAAUCGUGGACGGAUGUAGACCAUAUUUAAUCAACUUAGACCCGGCCUGUCGAGAGGUGCCAUAUCCAGCUAACAUAGAUGUAAGAGACACAGUGAACUACAAAGAAGUUAUGAAACAAUAUGGUUUGGGACCAAAUGGAGGAAUAGUCACAGCUCUUAAUCUGUUCUCUACUAAGUUUGGUCAGGUUGUGGACUUGAUAGAAAAAGCAGGAAAAAAACACAAAUACUGUAUUUUAGAUACUCCAGGGCAGAUAGAGGUGUUCACAUGGUCUGCAUCAGGCACAAUAAUAACAGAAACCCUAGCAUCAUCAUGUCCGUCUGUUAUUGUGUACGUCAUGGACACAGUGCGUAGUGUCUCACCCGUAACAUUCAUGUCAAACAUGUUGUAUGCUUGCUCCAUAUUGUACAAGACAAGACUGCCUUUCAUUGUUGUUAUGAAUAAAACAGAUGUAGUAGACAGUCGAUAUGCAGUGGAAUGGAUGAGAGAUUUUGAGGCGUUCCAAGAGGCCCUUGAUGUAGAGGGUUCCGGAGAGGGCAGCACAUAUGUCGGCAAUCUGACUCGCUCCAUGGCUCUAGCAUUAGAUACAUUCUACUCAGACCUCAAAUGCUGUGGCGUCAGUUCACAUACUGGGGAGGGCAUUGAUGAGUUCUUCAAGCUUGUAGAUGAAGCCGCUGAAGAGUAUGAAAAAGAUUACAAAGCAGACUGGCUGAAGAUGCGAGCAGAAAAGUUACUGGAACAACAAAAGAAGGAGGAGGAAUCGAAAAAAGAAGAUAUAGGCGAAGGUGUUGUCAUAGACGAGCGUGGGUUGAUCACGGAGGUGGCCGGCGGGAGAGAAGUCAGCGACGUGUACCUCACACACCCUGGUGAUGAGAGUUCUACUGAUGACGAGGGCACGGAGACAAGGCCGGAAGCAGACGACCCUCCCGAGGAUGUGGCAGCUUUCCAAGAGUUCCUCAACAAACAUGUGAGGCCAAACAACACUGAACCAAAAACUUAGCGUACCCUGAUAAUGAUGAAUUCAACCUAAUGUGAUAUUAAAUAUAUAAUAAUAAGAACCUGU